AUGCCCCUGCAUCUCCUCUGGUCGCCACUCCCCAACCAGCUGAAACAGAUGCCGCUGGUGCUCAAGAGAUCGCCACUGGUCGCCUCCCUCUCCAUCACCGUGGGGACAAGCUGCUGCUCCCCCUCGUCAGUAACCACCAAGACGGUCAUAUACCUCUCCACCGCUGUUGGUAUUGGCAGCGGACCUCCACCAUCAGUCGAUGCACACACCAUCCAUGAAGAUGAGGGUGUGUGCAGGGAGGUGAGGUGGUCACUGGACUCCACGCUGCUGGUCACCACCCUCUCCACCACCACGGGGACAACUCCCCCAUCGGUUGUCAGCUCGCUGGUCACCUCUCACUCCACCGCUGCGGCAACUAGUAUCAGACCUCCCACAUCGGUUGUCGCCCUCAGCACCAAUUCCUUUGAGAGUGUGCAGGGAGGUGAGGUGGCCUCCUCGAGGAAUAGGCUAUCACAUUCUAGUUCAGCGCCAUCACUAUCUCUUCCUCGCCGAUCAUCGCAUCAACAAGUGUAUCCUCUAGCAUCGCGCUUCUCCAUUGCCACCAAAAUCUCAGCAUCAAGGUGCAUGCUUGGUGCCUACUGA